GGGACAUUGAAGAUCUCUUUGCUGUAACAUUGCAUUGUAUUUAUGCUUAUUCUAUAAGCAUACCUAUUUUGAAGAAAGCCUUAAACUUUUAAAUUAUCUUUUAUCUCUUGUACUGUUGAACAAAACUUUAAAGAUGAAGAAGUCUUUUGGAGUAGUGUGCAUAUCACUAAUUUUAUUUGCAGCUCUGUCAGAAACAAUUGGAUUAGUGAUUGCGGGUAAAGAGAAGCGAGGGUGGACACUAAACAGUGCUGGCUACCUUUUGGGUCCCCGUCGUAUUGAUCACCUAAUACAGUUAAAGGAUAAUCCCAGCGUAAGGGGGAGAGAAGAACUGCUAAGUCAAUACGGCAUUGACGGUCACCGGACUCUCAGUGACAAGCAUGGCCUUGCUGGAAAGAGAGGCAUGCCCCUGGACAAUGACUUCAAAACAGGUGCCUUGAGAAUAGCAGAUGAGGAUGUAAUACACACUGUCAUUGACUUCUUAUCAUACCUGAAACUUAAAGAAAUCGGAGCUCUGGAUACCAUGCCUUCCUCUCUCACAUCAGAAGAGAUGGAUCAGCCCUAGUUCAACUGAUCUCUUCUCUACGCCUCACCUGCCUACAAACAACAGUAUCU